UAUCUAUUUCAAUGUAACUAUAAAUGUCAACAUCUCACACCACUCCCCCUUUAAAAGUAUUAUGUGUAUCUUUUUGGAGGUCUUCGAAUUCUUUCUGGAUAUCUUCUCUCUGGUUGCAUUUCCUCUUCUCUGCUGUCAGAUUCACUGUCCUCACUGGUACCCAGUACUGAGUGUCCGACCCCAUUCUUUUUUUGGGGUUCCUUGACUUCGGUUUCUUGACAGGUCGAAUCUGAUAAGGUUUAAGGUAAUUGUAAUGGACAAUUUCUUCUUUAGUUCCAUUAUUCCUUCUCACUACAUAAGAUGUUUUGGUUACGGACGUGGGCUUUACCACGACAUAGGGUCCCGUCCACCGAUCUGCAAAUGUUUUUGCCCGUAAAUUUCUUUUCCAAACUUGUUGACCCACCCCCAACGAUUUAAAAGAAGUUUUUCUGUUGUACCGUUCUCUGCGUUUUCCCGCUAACUUGGCAUCGGACUCUUGUGCUUUUUGGAAUACCUCACUAACAGUCUCGCGCAGUCGUUCCGUUUUCUCUCUAACCGCUGCUGGUGAUAUCUUCUCUGUUAUAAUUUCGAAUUUUGAUCGCGGGUGCUCCUUGAAAACCAGUUCGUACGGCGAAACUCCUUUACUUGUAUGAACUGCUGUGUUGUAUGCUAGUUGUACGUCCGGUAGGUGUUGAGACCAUCGGUUGGGAUGUUUAUCUACCAAUUUUGUGAGUGCUUCCCCCAUCGUACGAUUAAUCCGUUCUACACCCGCGUUUCCUUGUGGCCUAUAGGGUGGACUGAAAGUGUGCUCAAUGCUUUGGGUUAUGUAAAACUGUUCAAAUGUUUCGCUUAUGAAGCAAGGUCCAUUGUCAGAGUGCACUUUUUUGGUAAACCAUACCUUGAUAUCCAACCCAUGAGUGUCUUACCAACAACUUGGCUAGUUUGUCCUCGAAUUGGAUGCAUCUCUGCAUAUUUUGUACAUGGAUCUGUUAUCACAACAAUAUUGUCAAAUCCCUCUUUUGUUCUCGGUAAUGGACCCUUGAGAUCCACUUCUAUCAACGCAAAUGGUUUCUCUUCUUUUGGUCGUUGAUGAGUGGGUGCUUUUCUAUGUCCCUGGGCAAGAGUAACAGCACAGCGUUGGCACGUUUUUGCAUAGUUCUCUACUUCUGUUUUCAUCUUUGGCCACCAAUAAUGAGGUUCAAUUCUUGCAAGCAUUGUAUCUGCUACUUGGUGCCCUGUUUCGUCAUGAGCUAAUGAUAAUAUGGUGGGAACAAGCGAUGCUGGAAGUAACACUUGCUUCUUAUGGUCUCGUGCACGACUGAAAUAUAAUACCGGAUGUAAUUAUCCUUGUGCAUCUUCUUGUGAUAGUUCACCACCCAGACCCACUUUACUUGCAUCCGUGGUAACAACAAAGAGUCGAGUGGGGUCAGGAUGGGCUAAUAUUGGAGCUUUAACCAACUCAUGUCUGUAUUAAAUGCAUUAAGUGUAUUGAAUGCAUCAUCUUGCUCCUUACCCCAAGUGAAUGUGACAUCUUUCUCCAAAAGCCAUAUUAAUGGUCGAACAAUUGUACUAAAAUCCUUGAUAAAGUUCCGAUACCACCCAACUGCACCCAAAAACGUUUGCACCUCUUUAAGACAAGUUGGUGCAACCCAUGGACGAAUUGCCUUUACUUUAUGUUCGUCUGGCUGCACACCCUUGUUGCAAACUUUGUGUCCAAGAAAUUUCACUCUUUCAUUGCGAAAGCACAUUUCUUAGCUUUAAUUCGUAAUCCAUGCAAAUGUUUUUGGGUACUUGGCAGUUCCUGAAUUUUUCCCGCAGUUUGUUCCCUAUAAACUCUGAUUGAUUUAUCAGUAGUAUUCAGUACACAUAUGGGGAUUCUAUUUUCAUCGUUCAUCAUUUCUGCCGAAAUCUUUAUCGGGGCUGUAAGAAACCCAGUUCUCUGCUGAAAAUGUUCCGUACCUUCGUACCUUUCAUUCUUAUCUUCCAAUUUACCCCAAAUGAAUAUUUCUUCAAAUGGCUUAAUAUCACGACUUUAGCAUUUCCUGAGGGGUAUCUACUUUCGGUUGUAACAAGGGUUGGGCCCCAUCUAUUGUUGCCAAUUUUUUCUUGUGUUCAACGAUACACCCAAUUUUCCCAAAGAGUCCAGGCCCAGAAUCCCGUUCUGAACACCACUUACCACAAAAAAACUCAAUAUACAACUAUUUGUCCCUACCGUAACUGAUGUUUGAACCACACCUCUGCAUUCUGCGUGUGUCCCAUUAGCCAUCUCUACGUGACGUGUAGUUGGUUGAAUUUUCAUGUAAUGUUUGCGAUAGAUGAACCAGGCGGAAAUCGUAAUCUUAAGAUAAAUAUUAAUGCCCAGCAGAAAAUACGUAAAAGAGCCAUAACAAAAAUAUAGUUUAAAAUAUUUAUUAGAAAGCUAACGUUUCGUCCUUAACUUAAGACAUCUUCAGAGCAAUGACAUACAAAGCGGAAAACACAGAAAUAUGAAUAAAUUACAACUAUUUACAAGAUAUUAUAUUACAAAAGUAGAAAGAGGAAUGGAUCAGAGUAGAAGUAGAGGGACCGAGUUGUCUUGUCAGUUGAGAGAGGCUUUGAGUUUGUUAAUGAGAAGACUUUCUCGAAUGAGGAGUUCGUCUCGAGAAGGGCAACAAGAAAUAAUCUUAAAGUCAUUAAGAGAGGCGGAGUGACCAGUGCUAUCAAGAUGGGAAAGGAUACUAGACAUGGUCGGAUUGCUGCUUUUACUGCCUGUUGGAGGAGAAACACCCAAAUGUGCAGAUACUCGUGUGUGCAAGUGACGGACCGUUUGGCCCAAAUACGUUGCGGAACAGCAACGACACGUGAAAGAAUAGACAACACAAGAUCUUAAAAGCCUUAGGAAUUUUGCCCUUGAAGGUGAAGAGUGGAGCCAAACGUAAAGUUGGACGAAAAACGAAUCUAAUAUUAAGGUGAGGAAAAGCUGAGGAACAAAGACGGGAGAUUUGGGUGCGAAUUUGAAGAGAGUGGGCGCCAGUAUAUGGAAGGGAGAAAUAUAGGACUUUCUUAGGAGCAGAAUGAACAGCUGGUUUGGGUUGAGACACAUUUUCUCAUUUUCGUACGCAGCGAUCAAAAAGACGGGUUGGUAACAAUUCUUAUUAAGAAUCUGGCGGUAUAGUUCUAAGAACUGAGCGUGAAGGUUCUUAUAAUUGGAGCAAAGACUAAAGAAACGAUGUAUAAGAGAAGAAACUAAGCUACAUUUAUAUUGAAAAGGAAUAAAGCUACGGAAGUUGGUAAACAGACCUGUGAAGGUAGGCUUUCGAUAAACAGAAGUUUCGAAAACACCAUUCUUACGAGAAAUGCUGAUAUCAAGAAAGGGAAGUGUGGAACUAGAUUCAACUUCACUGGUGAAUUUAAUAUUAGGGUGUUGGCGAUUUAGAUAAGAGAGAAAUUGAGGUAUAUGAUCAGCAGACUGGAAAACCAAGAAGCAGUCAUCAACAUAGCGGCGGUACAAUAAUGGCUUAAAGUUGACAGGACAGUUAUUUAACCAGUUAGACUCGUGAAAAGACAUGAAUAUAUUGGCGAAUAAAGGACCUAAGGGUGACCCCAUAGCAACGCCGUCAAUCUGUUGAAACAAAACCCCAUUAAACAAAAAAGAGCAGUUUUUCACAGCAAGACCAAGAAGUUUCUUAAAUUCUAAUUGAGUCAGACCAUGAAAGCGAACAGCAUUAGAGAAUAAGUGGUUUGAAAUUAUGUCAAUGGUUUCAUCUAGAGGAAGGUUGGUAAAUACUGGAGUCACAUCAAAGCUUGCCAUGACAACGUUGUUGGAAUCGAGAUUGAGGCUGAGAAAUUCCUGGACAAACGAGCGAGUCCCAUGAUAUACGUGGCAUAUUGAAAUCUCCUGCAAGCACAAUGUUUGAGUGUUGUGAACAAACAUCACUCAUAAAGUUAUUGAACUUGUCCAACCAGCUAUGAUCUGAGUUUGGUGGACGAUAACAAGAACAAAUUAAUAAACUUGCGGUUGAAGUGGUUGUUAUUUCAGACAUGGAGAUCUCCAAAUCAUGACCAUGUUGAAUUUCCCGCACUGAUUUAAAUGAUGAAAUCUUUAUCGCUAACAGUACUCCACCAUCACGAGAUCCGCGAUCGUUCCUGAAUAUGUCAUAUCCCGAAUGCAAAAUUUCAGAGUUUUUAAUAUCCUCAUUAAGCCACGUUUCGUUGACACAAACAAUAUCGGGUAUCAUUGGUUUAGAUCCAAUUAAUAAAAAAUCAGUUUUCGCCACAUUUAAACUUAGUUUAUUGGCAAUUAACCAUUUCCUAAGGUUUUCUAAAUCAGAAUUUAUUGCAGCUUCAACAUCAUUUAUAGAUUCUCCUGCAGCUGUUAGGUUUGUAUUAUCAGCAAACAGUCGAGGUUUUGUUUUGCUUAGACACUGAGGCAAGUCAUUAAUAUAUAAUAAAAGAAUAAUGGCCCUAAAAUAGAGCUUGUGGCACGCCACACUUAAUCAACCGCUCCGAUGAAAUAGUUCCAUUAACUUGGCAUUUCUGAGUGCGAUUUAUCAAGUACGAUUUUAGUAGAGCCAAAGCAUCUCCUUUUACGCCAUUUUAGUAAAAUCUGGUGGUCGACAGUAUCAAAUGCCUUUUUAAGUCAAUUAGUACAACCACGUUAAAUAAUUUUUUUCUUUUUUUUUGUUUAAUGAAAACCGAGACGAAGUCAAGGUUUUCAUUAACAAUAAUCGCCGAGCCUGAGGCGAACAAUUGUUUCAGUAUAAUUUCAUAGGUGAUUACGCAGUUUAAAAAACACAUUUCUUCGUCAUUUAAUUGUCAAAACGGCUUCGGCCGACGGCCGCUACUUCGAACUUCGAAAAUCGCUUAGGUGAUUAUCGCUUUAUAAUCACCUCAACGGCAACGAAUCAGCGUGGAGAAUUUUCAAUAAUCACCUAUGUAGUUAUACUUAGUUUACUACUGCCGUGUACGACUCGUAUUCUGGCGUAUCCAAUCGAGUAGGCACGCGUCAAUUCGCGGUGCAUUUAAAAUUUCGCCUCAAUUCAGAUUUUUGGAAUUGUGGCAUCAAAUGAAUUUCAUACACCAGAACCCGAAUCGCACAGGGCAAAUCGCAAUGUGCAAACGCCCCUUUAGUAACAGCAAGUUAAUGGCCGGAUGAGACUUCUGCUUGUGUUACAUUUGACACAGACAGUCUUCCAAGUUCGUGAAUCGUCAACGUUGUAGCAGGAUCGUAAUGCAGACAAGUAGUAUGCUAAUAUUUCUUUCUUAAAUUGAAUAAAAGAAAGAUUAAUAAGCCUUAAAAGCUCCGGGAGAGAGUUCCAUGUUCUAGUUGUUCGAAGAAAGAAUGAUCGAUUAUAAGUUUUUGUUCUAUGUUUUCGUUGACGGAAUGAGAUUGCGUUGACAUUAGCAGAUGAUCUUGUGACUCUUACGGGAGCAAUACGUUCAGGUAAGGAAUUUUGAGAUAUCGAUACAAUGCCAGUAAUAGCUUUGAAGAAAAACAUUAAAUCUAAAUAUUCAUGCAAAUAUGAGAGGGGAAGAAGUUCUGUAGAGAUGAGUCUGUCUUUAUAGGAUACGUCACACAUGAAUGGGAGGCCUAGAAUAAACUUUGAAGUUCGGCGUUGAACACGUUCAACUCGGUUGAUGAGCUCUGGCGUAGCCCAGCGCUGGUCGUACAACUGCCAAAUACAAUGCACGGCGAAUCCUUUUAUCCGUGAUUUCCGUUGCAGAUCUACGUACGAAUCCGAGCAUUCUAUUGGCUGAGGCACAUCGAUCGAGGGUGUGUUUGGACCAUGUCAGAUUACUAGUAACCCAAACGCCAAGAUCCUUCUCCUCUGUUGAUACUGCGAGGGUUUUGUUUUUGAUGGUGUAGGGGAAUUCGGUGGUAGUCUUUUUCCUGGUAAUUCUCUGACACUUGCAUUUAUUUUGAUUAAAUACAAGUCCAGAAGAAGUCGACCACUCCUCAAGAUUAUCAAGAUCACUUUGAAUCGAGGCACCGUCUAUGUGAGAAUCAACACACUUGAAUAAUUUUGUGUCGUCAGCAAAAGAAGCUACUUUUGCAUUAUUCACUACAUUAGGUAGACGUUAACAUAAAGGAGAAAGAGUAUUGGACCCAGGAUAGAACCUCGAGGGACUCCAGACAAUACAGGUUUUUCAGAUGAUGUAGCUCCUAGAACAGUCACACGUUGCUUUCUGUUCAACAAGUAGGAGGAGAACCAACCAAGUAACCUACCAGAGAUGCCAAAGCAGUUGUAAAGUUUAUGAAUAAGAAUUUGGUGGUUAACUUUAUCAAAGGCUUUGGACAUAUCCAUGUAGAUCACGUCAGUUUGUUUCCCAGCGUCCAGUAAAGAUCCUAUAUGGUCGUGCACUUCUUUUGCAGAAUCUUCACUUUGAUUCAGGGGACUGUAUUCUAUCAAUUUAUUUCAUUGGAAAGAUUUUCUAUUUACAACGCGAUUUUAGACUUCCUCGUCUCGCUACGAUCGGAUCACAACUGAAUUUACAUAUUAGCCUUAAUCAAUAAUAGUAUUAAAUUACAAAGAAUCACUGUGACGUAUUUUAAGCAAUACUAUAUACAUAUAUUUACAUUAAGUAGCAGAAGCAAUUGCUGUACGGAAAACUGGCGGCACUGCGCUGGGAACUUACAACAACUUCCACCAGCUGGGAAGUACAAGAUUUUCCUGGAAUAAAACUAUGUUGGGAGUUGUUGAUGAAGACUACCAAGUGAUCUCGGAUGCUACGAAGAACACAGCGCUCGAGAACAUUGGAAAUUAUAGAGAGGAGAGAAAUGGGGCGGUAGUUUUCAACUUGAUCUUUUUCUGCUUUCUUGUGCACAUAUUGUCUUGACCGAAAGUUUAAAGUCAGUAUAACCAUAGCUAGGAAGUAUAACCAUAACCAUGGUUAGGAAGGCCGGCAAACUUCAAAGGCUUCCCGCUGCGAUGUUGACGGAAACAUCACGUGACCAUCGAAGGUGCAUGGAUGCGAGAAUAAAACAAAGGAGUGAAAUUUGCGAGGCGCGUUUAAUAUUCUUAUAUUUUCGGAAAUUAUGGAUGAAAUAUGUUCCAGUGACGAUGAAAUUUUUAGUAUUGAGGACAAGGAAGUGCAAUAUGAUAACGAGGAAGCGAUUGAUCCAUUUAUAAGGACAAUGGAGCUUAUUGAAGAGAAUGCUGAUGAGUUUGAUGUCGAGCUGUCUGAAGCGUUAGCCGAGGUAAAAGUCGUUAUAAUAUAUGUUUCCGAGCGUUAUAUGGGAUUUUUGGCUCAAUAUUUAAAAUCUUUGACAUUUUUUAUACAGGUAGAAGGGACCAAAAGUUUCCAGUGCGAUAAAUGCACCAAAGUUUGCAAGUCAAAAGGUGGAUUGACUAGACACCGCAGAAGUAAACAUCCGAACGGUGACGAAGCAACAUCAACCAAGGCGACAAGCAAGGUUUACAUCCCAACAGUGGACUUAGCUCUUUUGGAAACGUUCUUCAAAGAAAUUGUUGACAAAUUGCGCGAGGAGAAAUUUUAAGGGGAAACGAUUUUAACCGCCACAUCGAGUGUAAAACCAAGUAUGGAAUUUCUUGCUUUCGUCAGAAAAAUCUACAGCGAUUUUUGUCGAAAACGCAACCAAGAUGCAUUAUUAGCCACUUUCUACAAGGAGAUAUACAGUAAAUGGAAGAUUUUCUUCCCUUCAUGCAAAGAUCAGAAGGCUAUCAGUUUGGUAUUAAUCCACUUUCCUCAGAAAUUAGUUGGUCAUUACAAGCAUGCUACCAGCAAUGCUACAGGAGAAGAGGUGAUUAUUUUGAAUAGUCUAGGUUUAAAACUUAAAAUAGUAUUGUAUAUAUGCAGGACUUGAAUGAUUUGGUUUCUUGCACUUCACUUGGUGGAAUUAAUAUUAGAAUGUUAGGGUUUGUAAUCCAAGUGAUUAUACACAUUUUAAGACCUGACCAGAAACGACUGCGAAAAAUGCAGCAUAAGGUCCUCUGGUAGGAAUUGAACCUACGGCCCUGCGAUUCCAGUGCAGCGCUCUAACCAACUGAGCUACAAAGACCAGCUGUUGAGCUGUAACCGUAAGUUCAUGUAUAAAUACGUAAUCGGGUGUGCGGGUUGUGAUAAGGUGGACUUGAAUGAUUUGGUUUCUUGCACUUCACUUGGUGGAAUAAUAUUAUCAGUUGGUAAUUACCAAAUACACCCUUCUAUAAUACUGUCAGUUGGUAAUUACCAAAUACACCCUUCCGGAAAGUAUGUCACUUUGGCUAUAGAGCCUUGUUUUUGUGUAUGUCACAUUAGUAAAAGCCUAACGUCUCAAUCUUGAAAGUGAGGCUCUAUAGCCUCUAUAGCCAAGGUGACAUACUUUCCGGAAGCUUGUAUUACCCUUCACCUUUGAACAAUUUUGAUCAAAUGACACACAAGCCAUGUUUACAGUUCAUGCCUUGGCAUUGUUUUGUUUGUUAUAAUAGGAUAAUAAUACACAUAAUUUCUCUAUAUUUACAUACAUUUUUAAAACAGCUGGAUAACCAAUACAAGUCAAUGCCUUUAAUUAUACAAUGACAUUAAAAGAAUGAAAGCGCAAGGAAGUCUCGAACAAUUCAUUGUCAGAACAAUUCAUUCAAUAUUGAGCAUAAUACAGUCACAUCCUCAAUCCCAUGGUCUUUCCUUUUGUAUGAUUGUUGUAAAAUAAUCCAAGAUACUGUAGUUAAUUAGAAAUCUGCUAGUUUGGGGGAUUAUUAGCAGAUCACGUGACCAGCAUCUUUUCUUCUCUCUCCAAGAGGUAAGACCCUGGGUACGAGGUUGGAUGAAGUCACACAAAUGAUCAAAAUCCUACAACUUUUACUGUACAUGCACAGUAGACAAGUAAUUGGCUUGUCUAGUUUUCUGGAAGUCGGUUCUCUAUAAGGAUUUCCAUUCAGUGCAAAAUGCCAAUGUCAUAUCAUCGGUUGCAAAAAAAUGCACAAUUUUGACAGUUGAUAAUUCAGUAAAAACCAAUCACAAAACAUUGAUCAUGCAACAUUUUGCACUGAGUGCAAAUCGGUGAGAAACACUCAUAACAAGAAUAAACUAACAGAACAAGAUAUACAAUAAAUAGAACAUCAAAGAAUCUUCGUGCUAUGGGUAUUCUUUCUGGGCUUUGAUUUUCAUUGAUAUUAUAUCACAGUACAGCACCAUAUAAUAUUAUGAUCAUUAAAAUAUAUUAUAGUUUGAUGAUAAUAAUAUUUUGUGUACAUUAGAGUACAAAUAAAUACCUGAAUGCACUACCUCAAUCACUACCAAGGGUGUGCAAUUAUGGUUUAUUUGCCUUUGUUUUCUUUCGCUUUGGAAGGGGUUCCUCAGAAAUUGCAUACCACUUUGAGCUUUUCCCUUCAUGUCGACCAGACACAUUUCCUCUGACAACAGGAGCUAUACCACGUUGUGCUGCAAUCGUGAGGUCAUUGUAGACAAAUGAUUGCAGUGUUGGAUUAUCACUAAACCGGCCUCUUGCUCUCUGGUGUCCAAAAUACUCUUCCAAAGGGUCCUGGCAAAAUUUUUCAGAAAGUACAAAUUCACAACCUUCUGAAAGCAGAAACCUUACAACCUCAGUUAGUGAAUUUACAGUUAUCUUCAUCCCUCUUUAUGUUUGAUGCGAGAUAAACAUCUUUCCUCUGUCAUCACUUGUAAAUGCACCCUGUCGUUCUUGGACUCUCUUGUACCUGUCCUCGAGGUAUGCAAUGAAUACAUUUUGUAGCCAAUCAAAACGACUGUCAUCGAGACUAGUGUAUUCAGCUAGAAACUCAUUACGCUUUCUUAUGUGCUCAGUAAUUGACCGGGUAUUGAGACAGUCAAAAACUUAUUGACCAUCUCACAAAACUUUGCGGUUUCCCCAGCGUCUCCUUGAGGGUAGUGCCGAUGAAGUGCCAUAGCAACUGUGUUGCUCAUCACUUGCGCAGCCAGACGAACGUUCAUUUUGGAAAAUGAAGUAAGAAUUAUGUGGUCAACUGUUAGUUUGGGUAGCUAAUGCAGGUCUUGUUCUAAAUCAGCAUGGUAAAGUGCAGCUAUAUGAUGCCAUAUCAUAUUCUUGCCAUUCCACAUUAAACUUGUACGUUUCCCUGUACCCGAAUUGAAAAGGCAGUUCCUUGCUGCCUUGAGUAAGUGGGGAGCAUAAGAGAAGAAGUAGAUGAAUCGUGUUAGAGCAAAGAGAUUGACUAUUCGAUAUACAAAAUCAACCUUGUACUCUUCCCCAACAAGCCCAGCAUGUAGCUCAUAGAACUUCCUAUUCGGCAAAGCACCAUCACUGACAGCAGCACAUACCCAUAAAUUGCACCCUAACUCAAGAAUGGAAACAGCUUUCCAAAACAAUGGCAUUAAUUGGUAAGCUGUAACAUUCUCAGUGCUGAAAUAUCCAAGGAUAUAUUUCAGGUCACUUGCUACUCCCCUGACCAUGAAUGCCAAAACAUGACUUGCAAGGGUAGUAGGUGAGUCAAGAGCUGCCACAUUAACAUCAUAAAUUUGACUGAAUUUUCAUCUCGUCAAAUGAGAAUACAACAUACCUCUGCACAUCAAACAGUUGAUUGGUCCGCUCUCGUAAUUGGGUAACAUUUGCUUCAUUGAAACCAGGUUUUGGUUUGAAGAAGUUCCUGUAAUCCCUUAAAACCCGUUCACUAGGCAACACUAAAACACCAGAUGAUACCAGUUCUCGGUAUGCUGAUGGUGACUUGGAGUGUAAGGAGAGGCAAAAUCUGAUAAGGUGGGGAUGAUAUCUUCGACCGAACUUGGGGGAUGCCAGAAGUUUUUCUGCUGUUGCCAGAACAAGUUCAUAUGGGGCGAAGUUUUAAGAUCACUCUUAUCCAAAACACUCAAGAUGUCGUCUUCAAGAGUUUUAUUGAUCUCAAUACUGUUCGAAUGAAUCUCCCUUUGCAUGUUCACAAGCUGGCUCUCGAGAUCUUUACACCUUACACGUUGUUGCUGGAUGGUGGCAAUCAACCUUUCUUUGCUGCAGCUGGCCAAAGGAGCUUUAUCUUUAACAGCCGUUGCUUUCAGUGCAGAUUUCAAAGGCACCUUUUUUUGUUUAGCUUCGAAAAGGCUCAAACAACUAUGACAGGAAUCUUGGUCUGCUAAAUUGAACAAUACUGCGCAAUUCUCUGGACCAUCAUCACAAUACAACUCUGGAGCAAUGGGUACAGAGUGUUUAAAAAGUGAAACAAGAAUGCUAUUAAUGUUAAUUAUUAAGUUAAUUAUUUCUACUUUUUUUAAUAGGAUCAACUGCAUGUAAAGUUUCAGGCAAACCAGGACAAACAGAAAAUGAUUGGACUACUUUACACAAUGAUGGCGCAGAUAUAUCAAACAAAGAACGUUUAUGUUCAUAAUAAAUCUCAUGGGUGUCAGGCAAAAACCAACCAAAGACAGCUAUAGAAAACCCAAGACCAGAAUCCACUCUUAUCGAAUAUAAUGGUAGUGCAUGUUCAGAAUCAAAGUAAUCCAGCGUAAAAUCAUGUUCGGUUUCCUUUCUAGACCACCCAGAUAGUUUUACACGAGAAAUUACACUUUUAAAAUCGUCUAGAUGUUUAUAUACCUUCGAUUUUAUGCCACUAGUGGAAGGCUCAAUAGGCGUUUCAUGCCUUUCACUUUUUCUCCUUGAUUGUGUCUCCGAGUCAAACGAUUUUUUUUUGAAAAUUUAAAGUUGGUAUUGCCCCAGGAGUCAAUCUUUUACGCGUAGAAUCUGCAACAUAAACAACGAACCAUUCAAGGAUUCAUACAUCAUACAUUUCAUAUAUUAUACAACACAAUAUAUUUGGUCACGCAUCGAUUAAUAUGACAAAUAAAAAGGAUUUUACGUAUGCAAAUGAAGAAAACGUUAAUAUAUUCAUAAUGUUCGUGAGACUUACGUUUUUCAAUAAAUCUUUCCUCGAAAUGUUUUUCGCAGAUGUGCAGUGUACGCACCUCAAUUUGCCGUCUUUAAUAAAUCCUGGUCUAUAACAUCAUUUCCUGUUAUUUGUCUUAACCACUCUUCACGAGUUUUCCGAGAUAACUCGUCAAAAUGCCCCCCUCCCAAUUAUUUUUUGCCCCCCCCCCUCAAAAAAUUAUUAGUCACUAAGAGCGACUAAAGGCUACACAAGCGUUUUGUCGUUAUCGGAAAAUGUAUGGCUUAUAAGUUGUCAUUACUCAUUAGUGAAUGCGCGUAUACAUGAAACUGUUUUUUACAUUUUCAAUAUUAGUUUGUAAAUCUCUGAAUGGUAAAACUUGCCAAUACUCCAUUAAUACGUUUCAAAAAAAAGACAAAAAAGCUGUAGUUUUGCAGAGUUAAAUUCUCAAACGUGUAAGGCACUAAUAAGAUGAAAGUAUCACGAAAUUAUUUUAAUAAACCACAUCGCAUAUAUGGGGGGUGAAUAUUCUAAAGAGAGGCGAUAUUCCUAGGGUAUUCGCCCCACCCCCUGGGAGGCGAUAUUCCUAGGAUAUUCGCCCCCUGGGGCGAUAUUCCUAGGAAUAUCGCCACGUUUUGAGGGGGGGGGGGCGAAUCUCCUGGGGGACGACCUUUUUUAAAAUUCUAUCUUGCCCCCCCCAAUUUGAGUUUGCCCCUCAAAUGCCCCCCCCCCCCAAAUUUGGAGGUCUGGCGCCACCACUGUUUUUCGACUAGUAUUGCAGCCAAAAAUGCUGCAGUUAGCGCCCGGCAUAAGCAACAGCGGCGAUACGAAGCAAGAAUAUUUUGAAAUUCGAUAUGGCUCCAUAUUGUUUCUAUUCAUCAAUGGGCCAUUGAUGCACCUUCGUUGAGACGUCACAGCCAUAAAUCAGAACAAUAACAUAAUUCGUCACGUGACUCAGCUUUCCUAACCAUGUCUGUGUUUCUAUUAACUAUGGUAUAACUUCAUCUUGAUACAAGGAAAGAGCUUCAGCUGUUUCCUUAUAGUAAACGUUUUUCUUUUUCCGUAUUUACUCCUAUUGUUUUGGCAGACAUUUUCCCCGCCAUUCCCAUAUACUCGCGCAUGCGCUUUACGUUUGACCGUGGUUUUCUCACAUGCUUGAAUAAAGAUGGACUAGCAAAAGCCGCAUAAAUCAUUGAUGCUUUUUAUUCAAAUAUGUGCAUGCGUCAUUCAAGGCAGUGUCACUUGUUAAGCGAUGUGAUCAUAGUGAUGUGAUUUGAUUAUGGUCGCGACAAUUUGCAAUUUGACAUUAUUGUUUUCAGAGGACACGGAAUGACUAAAGGUCAAAUUAUUGUAAUUAUUGCGAACUAUAUUAUAUAAUGUUGAGAUGAAGGGUUUUGUAGAUGGAAAAUUCGAGUGGAUUUUUUAUAGAUUCAUUAGACUUAACCAGCAGUUGCGAACUAUAAGGUCCCUGCAUGGGAGGAAUAAAAACCUGCGGCUCUGCGAUUGUACAAAAUCCUAAUAUUUACCCACAUACCUGAUAUUUUCCCAUAUUUACCAGCUGUCGAGCUUUAACCGCAAGUUCAUGUAUAUAUACAUGUAGGUGAUACCAAUGUAAGGUAUACAGGGCCGCCGAGAGCUUAGCGGGGGCCCGGGGAAAAUUUUUUUUGGGGGGGCCCUAUUUUCGGACAACAACAACCCCCGGACGAGUACGUUGUACUUGCUUUCCAGCUACCAAAUUUCGGUACCUUGCCCAAAAAAACAAAUAUCUUGCCCUUUGCGCGGAAAUAUUUCACCCGGAAAAAUGACUGGGGCCAACAAAAAAUUUCUAGGGACCCGGUGAAAUUUACCCCCCAUGCCCCCCCUCUCGGCGGCCCUGAAGGUGUAUAUGGUAAAUUUCCAUCUACAAAACGCAUAUACAUUUAGUUUUCUUAUAUAGCUAGGGUGAACACCAAACGUGAUUGGCCACGUGACUUCAGAUAAAUGCAAUGUGUUCCACCGGGCAACAAGUAAAAAAUUGUUGCCCGCCCCGACCGCGCUACGUACAUAAAUAAACAAAAUGGCGGUACAACUCGCAUAAUUAGAAACUACGAUUUUCCAAGUUUGUGUUCAAAUAAAGAAUGUAAAAGAGAAAAAAAUACACAACAGGCAACAGGAUAUGCUUCUGAAACCGUUUAAGUAGGUUGUUUUAAUUUUAAACUCGUUUACACUAUAGAGUUUUUGUAACGAAAUACAAUUGUUGUAUGAAUGUUAUUGAAUGUUGAUUUUUGUUCGUCGCUAUAUAACAAUAAUAAUAAUAAUACUUUAAUAUGGAAAUAGUUAGUUUUGUUUUCCCUCGAAUCUCAAUGUUUCCCUCGAUUUCGUCUCGGGAAACAUUAAGACUCUCGGAAAAACAAAACAAACUAUUUCCCUCGGGAGCAAACAAUAAGUGUAUAAUAUAGAGUGAGGUGCCAAAAAUCCUGAUAUUUAUACAUGCACCUUACAUUCGCAUCACCUGAAUGUAUUUAUACAUGAACUUGUUGAUUAGAGCGCUGCACUGGAAUCGCAGGGUUCGAUUCCUGCCUUGAAUUUUCGCCAUUGGUUAGGUGUAACUAAAUGUAUCAAAUGUAUAUACAAUCUACCGAGCCCUUCAUAAUCAUGUUUGUCAUGAUGUUUAAUCGCAAGACAUAUUAUUGAAUUAACCAUUGCAACACCCGAAACGUUUUCUUGUAGUUGGGAAUUUCGAGUAGAAUUGUACAGAUCUUCAAAUCCCACCAAAAUCCUGAUAUAUUAUAUAAUGUCCAUACUGAGCCAUAUUGCCACUCAUUUUGCACAAAUGUGAAAAACUUGAAACAAUUUGUGAACUUUCUCAAGUUUAAUGCCGAGUAAAUCACAUCGCUCAGCCGGUGACACUGCAUUCAGUUAUGAGAUUAUAUUCAAACCAUAACUAUACCAGGUUUGCUAUUACUUUUUGCCUUCAAUCAUUAUAAUAUGAUAACCAAACUUUGUUUUAAUUGGUGGAUCAGUGUACAGAGGUUUUGCAGUCGUGCUUGGUUCCAAACCAAAAGCAGCAUCUUGAAAUGGACCAACCUAAAAAUUAACAAAAUGGCAAUUCUAAUAGACACUUUUAGAUGGAUAGAUCGUUUAAUUAAAAAUAUACAUCUUGCAGUCAAAGUCUGCAUUACAUGUAUGUGUACAUCUACAUUAUAUGAAAUUUUUAUGGUAAACAUUUAGUCCCCGAGCCAACUGCGCGGAGCCCCGUUUCAGGCGUAAGCCCGGUGCGAGAGUACUAAUUUCGCCCGGCUAUUUACCCCCGGGGAAAGGAAAGCAUUAGCGAAGUCUAAAGUUCAUCAAUGAUCGCGGGAGUGCGUUACCGUGCGUGGUUAGUCAUCCUCACUGAUCUCAUCAUAAUAUAGCGGACUGUCAUGAAUAGCGAACACUGAUUGGUCCAAUUUAAAAUUUGCAUAAAAACGACUGCAUGACGACAGUGAAAUAGCAAACAUUUCUUGAUUAGAUGAUUUCUUAUCAAUAAACUUUUCGAUAAAGAUUUAGACAAAUUUGAUAGCGAUAAUAAAUUUAUUAAAGAACGACGUUUCGAAGUCAUCUUGACCUCAUUUUCAAGUUCACAUUAUUACAGAAAACGAUUAAAUUAAUAUAAAUAGCUUUUACAAAUAAUUGCGCAAGCAAACUAAUUCGUCAUACAUGACAGUUGCAAUUUUAAGCACUCCAAGACACUUAAUUAACAUAAUUGGAAUAAUUAAACAUGCAAAUUGAAUAUCAAAAAUUAAACAAACAAUAAAACACUAGACGAACAAUUAUGCUAAUAAAGAAUGUUAAGUAAAUAGUUUUGAGCGUAUCGAGUCCGAUUGUUUGUUUUAAACUAGGUUUAAGAUCUUUAAUAAAUAACAUUUCAUGGAGUAAACACUCGAACUUUCCCCGACAUUUUCUCAACCCCUUUGUUGUUCUUCUCGAUGUUCUUUGCGUCCUCGCCGUGCUGUUCAACCAUAUGUUCUCCGACAACCGAUGACUUGUGUUCAUCAAUUUACAAUUUCCACUGAAAAUGGUAAGAUACAGUCGCAAAACCUUUGAAAUUGUAAAGACACUUCUCAUCUGGCUUCUUACUUCAAUCCUCGUUAUUUGGUUAUUUACAAGAUCUAAACCGCAGCUUACGGUUUUGGACGAUGAAACCACUCUUAAAGGAGUCAUUAUAUCUUCAGAACUAACAAAGUUACCUGACAAAUUGUGUUUUAUUUGGAUGUCAACGCGAGACAUAUUUUUACGAAAAUCCAGCUAUCCUUGCAAACAUCGAUAUGGUUUGGAAUUCAGUAUAAAACAUAAAAGUCUGCAUUUAGUCUUGUGUAUCCUCCUUGCUGGUGACAUCGCUACCAAUCCAGGUCCGACUUUACCGAAUGCGCAGUUUGGCAACCUAUCUCCGUCACACCUACAAGUUCCUGUGGACAAGCGCCCUAAAAACGAGAAUACAAAACCUGAUUUAAUAUUCCAUCUUAAUUAAUAUUCCUGGUUAUAAUCUGCUAUUGAAGAACCGUACUUCUGGUGUGCAUGGUGGUGUCGGACUUUACAUCAAGAACUCUAUCAAGUUUAACGCUCUCUCUGACAUCUACCACCCCCAACUUGAAGUGCUUUGGAUAUACAUUAAACCCACGCGACUCCCCAGAGGUAUACCUUGUGUAAUUGUUGGAACUGUGUACCAUACACACUACCCUGUAGGUGCUAGUGAUAACGCAAUGUUGGACUACCUGGCAUGAUCACUAACUGUUAUCGAAGGUCGUUCCCUGGGUGUGGUAUAUUAAUAACAGGUGACUUUAAUCGCUUAAAUGUGAGUUGUCUCCUCAAGCAAUUCAAGCUAAAACAGCUCGUUCGCGGUCCAACUAGAGGCGAAAGGACUCUCGAUCUCAUCAUUACAAACAUGCCUCAAUUGUAUGACAAGAACGUGUUGCAGAGCUUUCCGCCUUUUGGGUUAUCUGACCAUUCCGUGUUACUGUUGCAGCCUAAACCGAGAACUGCACAAAGCUGUAACCGUCGUUCUGUGACUCGAAGGGAUACUCGUCCGAGCCGCCGACAUGAACUUGGAAGGUAUCUGAGCUCGAUUGACUGGUCGUUUCUUGAUUCCGUCACUGGUUGUGAAAGCAAACUACAACCAACUUCUUCCUUGAUCUGGUUAAGACUGGCUUAGAUACCAUCAUGCCACUCAAGCCGGUAAAACUACAUGUAAACGAUGCUCCCUGGAUUACCCCAGAAUUUAAAAAUCUUAUUAAACUACGCCAGAAAGCCUACGCACAAGGUGAUCAAGAUCGUUUCCGACAGCUCCGAAAUGUGGUAAACCGUGAAAGAAAAGUGCUUCGUAGUAGAUAUUAAACAUCUAGAGUUGCAAACCUCAAAAAUACCAAACCGAGCCAGUGGUGGAACGAGGUUAAAAAGAUUUCAGGAAUGGUCCCUGCUGCACCGACCGGUGAUAUUCGCUCACAACUUCACAUUAGUGGCAUCGAUGGAAUGUCGAAUAAGGAUAUUACUGACCUGAUCAACACUGCACUUCUCGAACCUAUGCAAACAUACCAACCACUCGAUUGUCUUCCUCCCAUAGAUGAAACUUCUGAGGUACUAAAGCUUGAUGCUUAUUCAGUCUAUUCAACAUUACUAAUGUUGAACCCUCGCAAAGCAUCGGGGCCAGACAAGGUGCCAAACUGGCUGCUGAAAGACUAUGCCGACAUCCUUGCAAACCCCGUUUGUGAUAUCCUGAACAGCUCCUUCGACGAACAAGCGCUUCCGGCAUCCUGGAAAUACGCAAAUGUCACACCACUGCCAAAAACGAAACCAGUUACCAUAAUCGCCAAGCAUAUUAGACCCAUUUCACUAACUCCGACUUUAUCUAAGUUAGCUGAGGACUUUAUCGUAAGAAAUUAUGUUGGUCCUGCCAUUCUUGAGAUCAUCGAUCCUAAUCAAUUUGGUGCCGUACCGAAAUCAUCUACUACACAGGCUCUUAUUUCCAUGAUCCACACGUGGGCUUCUGCCACUGAUGGAACAGGUGCAUUACUAGAUUACAGAAAAGCUUUUGAUCUGAUCGACCAUCGCAUUCCAGUUGACAAGAUCCUUUCUCUUCGAAUGCCGCGUGGUGUAGCUCGCUGGGUGUGUGACUCCUUGUUGAACAGGUUCCAACGUGUCAAAUUGUCCAACGAUUGUUUCUCGGAAUGGGGUGCAGUUUCAUCUGGUGUUCCACAAGGUACGAAACUGGGCCCCUCGCUGUUCCUAUUAAUGAUAAAUGACCUCAACCCACCUGAUGCGCACUCUUGGAAACAUGUGGAUGACACCACCUUGGCUGAGGUUGUCCCACGGAAUGAUCAAACCAAUAUUCAGAACGCCGUAACUGAAGUUGAAAAAUGGUCUAACAUCAACAACCUUCAGCUGAAUGCUUACAAGUGCAAGGAAAUGGUCAUUGAUUUCAAGAAAGUGAAGCUGAUGUUCGAUACCAUCACCGUGAACUGCAAAGAACUCGAGCUAGUGAGCAGUGCCAAAGUAUUAGGUGUUACAAUAUCCAACUCCCUACAAUGGGUCGACCAUACAAAUAAUGUUAUAAAGAAGGCAAAUAAACGCUUGUAAUUUCCUGGUUUUGCUCAAGCGCGCUGACGUCCCUGCUCGUGAUAUCAUCAGCUUCUACAACACUUGCAUCAGACCCGUACUUGAGUAUUGUGCUCCCGUGUUUCAUCAUGCUCUCCCAGGAUAUUUGUGUGACGAUCUUGAACGCAUUCAAAAGCGUGCGCUAUCGAUUAUAUCUCCGGGACUAUCCUAUACGGACAAUCUUACUGUACACGAUAUCAGUACUUUGAAAGACAGGCGCCAGAAUCUUUGUAAGAAACUUUUCCAAACAGUUGUGUCUGAUGCAGAUCACAAGCUGUACCAUCUUCUGCCGCCCUCAAAGACAUCAGCAUAUAACCUAAGAAGACUGCGUCGUUUUGACUGUCCUGCUACACGAACAAAUCGUUUUA